AUGUGCACUGCCCAUGAAUGCGACCUGGAAGAAAUCCCCCUGGAUGAUGAUGACUCAAGCAGCAUAGAAUUCAAAAUCCUGGCCUUUUAUGCCAAACACCACGUCUUCAAGAGCACCUCUGCUGUCUUCUCACCAAAGCUGCUAAGAACAAGAAGUUUGUCCCAGAAGGGCCUGGGGAGUUGGUCAGCAAAUGACCCAUUGACACUGGGGCCGAGGCCUUGUAGAAGUUUCCGAUCCAGUGAGAAGCCCAUUCCCAAGAAAAAGACUUCUUGGAGAACACUCUUUGGAGUAGGCGAGAAGGAGGAAGAUUCUACGGAGACCCAUUUUCAAGGGGGUCAAAGACCAGUAGAGCGUCAGGGUGUCCUUCAUUGGCAGCACUGGUCUAGAUCCCUUUCUGAUGUGGAACAGCGCAUAGAGCCAGAAGCUGGGAACCCCAAGGUUGUUGCCAUUGCCAACCGAGUUGCUGAAAUUGUUCAUUCCUGGCCACCGCCAGAAGACAUACACACCCAGGGAGGAAGCUCCAAGGACACGUGUACCCCCUGGCUGGUACCAGAGGCCCAGGGCUCCAAGCUUAGAGGCGCAAGUGCUAAGAAAGAUGGAGAAGACCAAAUAAUAGCCAAAAUUGUUGAGCUGCUGAAAUAUUCAGGGGAUCAUUUGGAAAGAGAGUUGAAGAAAGACAAGGCUUUGAUGAGCACUUUCCAGGACUGGCUGUCCUACUCUGCCUUCAAGACCCUCACAGACCAGUUCCUCAGGGGUGUGGACACCAGGGGAGAAUCAGAGGUCAAAGCUCACGGCUUUAAGGCUGCCCUUGCAAUAGACGUCGCCGCCAAGCUCACUGUCAUCGACAACCACCCCAUGAACAGGGUGCUUGGCUUUGGAACCAAGUACCUGAAAGAGAACUUCUCACCCUGGGUCCAGCAGCAUGGCGGAUGGGAAAAAGUACUUGGGAUAUCACGUGAAGAAAUAGACUGA